AUGACUGGACGUCGUAGACAAACCGGUAAUUGUGGCGAACGACAGCAUUUGUUGUGUGCUUAUAAAUUUUCCAAUGCUGAAGAUUCUAUUUUCUUAAUUCUUUUGUAUUUUAAGGAAUGUCAAUAUCACAUCACAGACCAAAGAAUUAGUUUGAUUUUUUAUAAUAACCGUGUGGAAAUAACCAGAAAAAAUUUAAAACAGGAUUUUGGGGCACUUAACAAAACUUUCCUUACAAUCUGGAAAACUUGUCGACUGGAAUCAAUCUCGGAGAUGGAUCAUGUUAUACUCAUAAAACUAUUAGGCAAUUCCUUGCAGUGA